ACCAGUCGAUGCAUCGGAUUCAUCAAUAACGGUCGUGAAAAGUUCAAUCGGUUCGCGAUUAAUAGAGCGUAGGAUGUAGUGCCCGUGUAAACAACGUUCAUUAACAAGGCCCACUGGAUUUACCUUCAGUUCCAAAAUCCUAGAACGAACUACGGCGUUUAGAGCAAGUCGCUUGCUAGUCUGACAGGAUUCAAAAAUGCAAAAUUGGAAUCAAUGGCAGCUGUCAGCUGGUGCUGUUACAACUCCAGUGCCGCAGCCACCAGUUGGCUAUGCUGCAACAGCUGGUGCAGAUCCUGUAACUCUGAUGCAGAGUUAUAUGCAAUAUUAUAAUCAACCGACACCCAGUGGAUAUUCACCAGAGCAAUGGGCAGCUGCUCAACAGCAAGGUUGGGCUCAAUGGCAACAAUGGCAACAACAAUACCAACAAUGGCAAGCACAAUAUGGUGACAAGUAUCAAGAAACAAUGAAGCAUUUAUCUACACAGAAUAUGAGUUUGACAGGCCAAGUGCAAGUGCCAUCAAACGUACAACCACCGCCUCUCCCCAAAGAGGAUGUGCGACCUCCUUUACCCUCCGCUACCAUAAAUACAUAUCAAUUUGCGAAUAUGCCACCUCCACAUCAAAAUAAUCUUCCAUUAUUUCCCACGAAAGAACCUAAUAAAACAAUAUCACAAGCAAAUGUGACAAACUACCCUACGAAUCCACCACUACCUACGAGUCAGCCACCUUUACCACCGGAAAUCGACGAAAAUAAGGGGAGUAUUUUGAUUGAAAAAUGCGCUAGUAAUGUAAUUAGUGAAUCCAAUAGUGCUACAAAGUUAAAGCUCGAAAAUGACGAAUUGACCGAGGCUGAGAGAACAUUUGAUGAACAGUUUCAACAAUGGGAAGAGCAAUUUAACAAGUGGAAGCAGCAAAACGCUAAUCAUCCGGACAAGACUCAAUAUAAACAAUACGAAGCAAAAUGGACAUCAUGGCGCGAGAAAUUGAUUGAACGGCGCGAGCAAAUGCGUAAAAAACGUGAACAACAGAAACAAGUCGCCGUGAAAGCAGAAGCCGAAAAGAAUAAAAAUAUAUCUGGCGAUGACAAAAUUUUAAAUAUCUUAUCGAACACUGAAAAUCAACGAUUGAUUAACAAUCUGUUGGGUAUCGGGCAAACGCUAGGUUUGACAGGAAAGCAAAACACCAUGGCACCCUUACCACCCCCGCCGCCGCCACCUCCACCAUUACCGGAAACUACAAAUUCUAACAAUGAAUCUACAACUCAAGAAACGCAACCAACUUCAUCGCAAGUAAACACGAUUAGAUCUAACAUCGCGCCAGCUUGGUCCAACUCGCAACAAUGGGGAAAUCAGCAAUAUAAUCAUAGAAUAGAAGCACCAGGAUUCGGUCCUGGAACGUCUACAAUACCCUUAAUGUCUUCAGCACCAGAUAUUGGUCCAUCUCAAAUAAUCUCACCAAAUUUUGCACAACCACCUCCAAAUCUAGCAAACAAUCUCAUGCCAAACUUUUCGCAACCUCCACCAAAUUUCUCUAAUAAUGAUCGACCGCAAUUGCAAAAUGUGAGAGCAUCAGGUCCAGUAAAUACGAAAGAUUGUCCUCCAUUUAGUUCGGCUGAUUCUUCGAAUAUGGAUAUGCGUUUUAUUCAUCCAAACGAUCGAUUGUCUCAUUUUGAGGGACAACCCAACUUUCGAAGAAGCGAUCAGGAACGUUUCGGACGAGAAGUUAAUAUCAACCCAAAUUUAAACGAACAAGAUCAGUUUAAACCUACCGAUGGUUUCGCUAGAAAAGGUGAUAGAAGUUACAAUGACGGAAAUAAUCAACUGAAUUCACAAAAUAAUUUUAAUAUAGGUAACGAGCGAUUUGGACUGCCAAAUGACCGUUUAGGAAAUGAUCGUUUUAACAGAGAAAAUAACCGAUUUGGACCAAUGGGAAACGACAGAUUCUUAUCAGGAAGUGAUCGAUUUGGAGGUCCAAAUAAUGAUCGACUUCCAGGUCCAGGAUCAGAUCGAUUCGGUAAUGAAUGGCUUGGAUCGGAAGGCGAUCGAUUUAGAGCAGGAAUCGAUCGUUUCGGGAUGGAUAAAGAUCGUCGUGGACCUACAAAUGAUCGAUUUGGUCCGGAUAAUGAGCGAUUUCCACCGGAUCGAUUUGCAUCAGGUGCUGAGCGAUUUGCCCCCGGAUUGGGGACUGAUCGUUUCUCCUCGGGCAAUGAUCGGUUCGGACCCAAUACCGAACAUUUUCGCUCGAAUGAUCGAUUCAGCAAAGGUAAUGUAGAUUAUUUUGAUUCAAAGGACAUUGCUGAUCAUAGACGAGAUAGUUUUGGUAUUCAUCCUCGUGGUUUUAAUAGAAAUCCAUCAUUCAGCCCGCCGAAUGAGCUAUCGCCGGAGUUGAAAAAACUCAUGGAAAAACGGAAAGCCGCCGGAGAUGUAUUCAGACCUAGUUUCAUCGAUUCCGACAAGUCCAGUAGUGUCGGUUCUCUCAGUGAAAGUUUUAAGAAGAUUGCCGGUGAUUCACCCUUUAAAAGCUCCUUUGAUCUUCAAAAGAAUCCACCAAAUCGUAGUGGAUUAAUGAACUUUCUAAAUAGUGGAUCAUCCAAUUUUCAAUUACAUUCCGAUUCAGGACAGACACCCACUUCAUCAUAUGGUUUACGAGGUCAUCCUUUUAAAAAUGAUAAUGAACCUCCCUUCAGAGGACUUUUAGAUAACUUUAACAAACAUCCUAAAGAUGAUAAUGAACGAUCUGGGAAGGAUAUGGAGAUUACACCGCAUCUUAAUCAAUCUCAACCAAUCAAUAUUCAAUCUCAAGUUUCUGCUAAACAUCCCGGAAACAUUGAAACUACUGAUUCUGAUCUUUUAUUACAAACUGGUAAUAUUGUAGAUUCAAAAAAUACAGAAACUAUACAAACAAAUGAGGCUGAUGCUAAUGAGCAGAAAAAUAUCGUUAUUUCUGAAGAUAGUUCGAAGAAGGAUAACACAGAAGAGAACAAGCUUUUCAGCAAUGAUAUUCUUUUACAGCAAGAUGAUAAGAACCAUGAUAAUAAUCAGAUACAAAGUAAUACCGAAAAAACAGAAGAAUCUACUAAUAAUAACGAUAGUGCUAUAAAAAAAUGUGAAAGUUUACCCUUCAUGGGUGAAAAUGAUCCACGACCAGAAGAUUUGAAUAUUGAACCACCGCCUGAACUGCCCAAUUUGAGUCUUAUUUCUACAAACUCCAAUCAAAACGCACUCCUUAAUCCGAUUGAAGAUUUUAAUAAAAAGGAAUCGGCUGGCAACAAAUUCGAUAUGCGUUUUGAUCGUAAUUUUGGAUUUAGAGGGGUGGAUUUUAAAUCUGGCGCACCGUUUGAACCUCGAGAAUCACCAAUGUUUGGUCCUAGAGGUCCUCACAUGGAUCCUGGUCCAAAUACGUUUCAACCACAAGGUUCUAUUAAUACACAAUUGGAGUUGCGAGGUUCUAAUGACGGCCAUUUCGGGCCUAAUGCAUCUAAUGAAAAUCGAAUCAGUCCUAGAAGAUCUAAUGAUGAACAAUUUAAUGAGCGAGGUCGUAACGAAUCGUCUGAAGUGCUUAGGGAACAGUUCGGUUCACGAAAUGCCAUGGACGAGCAAUUUGAUCAAUUUGGCUCGCGAACGCUAGGAAAUGGAAAAUUCGGUCUGGGCAGACCUACAGAUCUGCAGUUUAGACCAAGAGGCCCAAUUGAUUCGCCGUUUGCUCCGCGAAAUCCUGGUCCAUUUGGUCCCAGAGGCAAUGAAAUGCAGUUUAGACCUAGAAGCAUUAAUGAUCGUUUGGAUUCUCGAACAAUCUUUGAAGGGCCAUUUGGUCCGCGAGGACUUAACGAUGGUCCUAGAGGACCUAAUGAUAGUUUUUUCAAUACUCGACGUUUUACUGAUCCACAACUCGGUCCUAUGGGACCCGGUCCUAACAGAUUCGAUAGAAUGAAUGAGGUACCAUUUGAUAAGAGACCUCCUUUCGAUAAUAGCGGAGCGUUUGGAUUUCCUGGUGAAAGACCUCUUCGAAUGCCCAAUGAAGGACCACUUGGUCCUCUUAGUUCUAAUGAUAUUCCGCUCGGUUCUCGCGAUUCAAAUGAUGUUCUUCAGCGUAAUUCGAAUUUCAGCGAGAACCAAUUCGAAUCUCGAGAUUCUAACGAUGGAUCCUUUGGAAUGUCAGACUUCAAAGCGAGAGGACCAGUAAACGAUAGCAACAAUGCAAACUUUCCACCUCGAGGCGAUCCUUUCCAUAAUCAUGAUUACAUGCGUAGAAACCCUUACAUAAGAGAACCUCCUAUAAGAGAACAAUUUGAAGAUAAUGUUUCCGCUAAGAAGAUGAGAUAUGAAAGUCCAAAACCGGCUGAUGAGUUUAAUAGAAGUCGUCCAGGGGAUGAGAAUGUCAACAUAGAAAUGCAAAAGGAUAAGAUUACUGAUUAUGCUGGAAAUAUAUCUAAUGUUCACAAAAAAGAACUAGAGAUACUUCGUCCAGGAUACGGACCUAAUGAUACUUGGAAUAAGUUUGGCAACGAUCUAAGACCCGAUGGAUCGCAACAAAAUGAUAGCAAUGUUCCAAAAAUAUUUGAUGAGAAAUUAAAAUCGGAAAAGAUCACAACAGAACCGAAGACGGUUGAUUACAGAUCGCAAUAUGGCGAAUCUACGGCUAGUCCUGCGGACUUCCAACCGAAACAUUCAUCUAAUUUGUUUAUGAAGCGGUCACAAUUGAGACCCGGUCAAGAUUUUUGCGCGCAAAGACAGUUCAAUUAUAAUCAUGGCGAGAUUAAUAAGAAAUUUGUUGAAUCACUUAAUUUCAUCCCGAUGAAGGUAAUCGAUUAUGGACAUGCAUCUCGUCUGUCAAUUAUGGAUCAGCAUUUGUCGCCUGUUCAGUGCUUCGAUUAUGGUCACGGCGAUUUAAAACCAGCACUACUAGAUCGCGAACAGCAUCAGCAACAGAAUCCUCAUCAUUAUUAUCCGAAAAAAGAUUUUAGAAACUGGGUCGAGAACGAACAAAAUCUGAAGGAAUAUAAUGAGACGAUAAGCAGUUAUAAGAAGGGAAAUAUGGAAAAAACUAGGAACUAUGAGAACUACGAUAAGCGUAGAUCGACAGAUUAUAACAAACGAAAGGAACACGAUUGGCAAUCUAAUGAUAAAUUGUACGAGGCAGAGAAAAAGGACAACGAUGAUCACAAAGAGAAAGGAUACGAUCCUGAAUCGGAAUCUCGAUUCCUCGAACGUAAUUCUGGUAAUGAUCAAAGCGAUAGAUGCAUUCACAAAGAACGGGUUCAAGAGAUACGCGAAAGUUCUCGAAGAGAAACGAAUAAAGACAAUGACAAAGAUGAUAACAGAUCGAAAGGAAGUGUUAACUGGCAGGAGAGUUCGAACAAGAACGUCGUAGACACAAAACUACAAGAGACCAGUCUUCCCCUAGAUACAAAGAAAAAUGUUGUGGAAUCAAAAACUCUUGAAUUGGCAAAAAUGCCAAAUUAUACGAUGGUCGAUGAUCUAUUGUGCCCACCGGGUCGCCAGAACAGACCAUUAAAAAUAGCUAUUAUUCUCAGAGGACCGCCUGGCAGUGGUAAAUCUUUUGUGGCUAAACUUAUCAAGGAUAAAGAAGUCGAACAAGGUGGCUCUGCGCCAAGAAUAUUGAGUUUAGAUGAUUAUUUCCUUGUCGAAAAGGAAAUAGAAACUAAGGAUGAUAAUGGGAAGAAAGUCACAGUUAAGGAAAUGAUAUAUGAAUAUGAAGAGGCUAUGGAACAGAGUUACAUAACAUCUUUAGUUAAAGCUUUCAAGAAAAAUAUAACAGACGGAUUCUUCAAUUUCAUCAUAUUGGACUGCAUCAAUGAAAAGAUUUCAGAUUAUGAAGAAAUGUGGAGUUUCGCUAAAACAAAAGGCUUUAAAGUAUAUGUAUGUGAGAUGGAAAUGGAUCUGCAAAUAUGCUUAAAGAGAAACAUUCACAACCGUACCGAGGACGAAAUUAAUCGGAUUAUAGAUUACUUUGAACCAACACCCAGCUAUCAUCAAAAAUUAGAUGUAAACUCGAUGUUGCAAGAGCAAGCAAUAGAGGAGGUCGAUAUGGAGGAUAGCGAAGAAACACAGGAAAAACCUAUUAUACAGAAUGAAGAUAGUCAAGACAGCCAUGAGGACGCCCAAGAUACGAUUGGUGUUAGCAAAUGGGAGAAAAUGGAAGUUGAAGAUAAACUGGAUCGAUUAGAUGGUUUAGCAAGAAAAAAAAAUGAAACAAAACCUCAAACAAUGGAAGAUUUUCUUCAAGUUCCUGAUUAUUAUAAUAUGGAAGAUACAUCUGGUAAAAAACGAGUACGUUGGGCUGAUUUGGAAGAACGUAAGGAACAGGAGAAAAUGCGUGCCGUCGGAUUUGUCGUUGGACAUACUAAUUGGGAUCGAAUGAUGGAUCCUACGAAAGGCGGAAGCGCUUUAACACGCACAAAGUUUUUCUCACUAUCAUAAAGAAAUCGAUAGUUUAAUGCUGAAUAAUGAAAAAGAAGUGGAAAAAUUGGCACAUCCUACUUUUUAAUAUUUUAUAAGCUGAAGUGUAUAAAAAAUAAUUACUUAUAAAAUGAUACAAAUAGAUUAAUUUACUUUAAUUAAAAAAG